AUGUUAGCACUUGAAAAUCCAUUACAAAUGCGACUUGAGCCACAUCUCGGCAGGACAUAUCAAGAAAUUUCAAACGGAUUAUCAUGCUGCUUUUGUUUUUUAGUGAAGACAAUUCAGCUGUUGGAGUUAUUCUUUCAUUUACAAAAAAAAUUAACCACUACAUUGAGGACUUCUCAGAAGGUCAAAUAUUCCACGGUACUCUUUACUGUCAAUAAUUCACGGAAAACUAGCAUUAAAGUCGGGGAAGUAUCGAAUGGAGAUUGCCAGUUUGUUGAAUAA